CUGUACGAAGUGUAUGUCGAAGCUAACAAGUUAGCACAGAUCGAUGAAAGUGUAUCGAUAGCAGCAAAAAAAUACUUCUCCGACAUAGAACAUGGUAAAACAGAUUUAGAUAACUGGAAGAAAAUAAGAGACAUAACUAUUAAAGAAUUAGAGAAUGUUUACCAAAGAUUAGGAGUAAAGUUCAAUGAAUACCAUUGGGAAUCAGAUUAUAACGGAAAAGCUAUUAAAGGCAUAUUGGACAAACUGCAAGAGUAUAAUAUUGUUACAUCGGAUAGCACAGGGAAGAAAAUAGCCAAAGUUAACGAUAGGGAUGUGACGAUUUUAAAGAGUGACGAUUCAACAUUAUAUAUUACAAGAGAUAUAGCAGCACUUCUUGAUAGAUAUGAAAGGUAUAAAUUUGACGACAUGUUGUAUGUCGUAGAUAAUUCACAGACGGACCAUUUUGUUGCCGUUUUUGACAUUGUAAGUAAGUUAAAUAAGAAUGCUGCUGAAUGCUCGAAACAUAUUAAGUUUGGUAGAAUCAAAGGAAUGAGCACCAGAAGUGGUAAUGUUGUAUUUCUCAAUGACAUAUUAGAUGAAGCCAAGCAUAAAAUGUAUGAACAACAAAAGAUAUCUAAAAAUACCAGAAUAACUGCCAUAAAUGAAGAAACCUCUGACAUUCUUGGGAUGACGGCUGUAAUUAUCAGUGAUUUGAAGCAGAAACGACAGAAAGACUAUACAUUCAGUAUGGAAAGAGCAUUGCAGAGCGAAGGGGACAGUGGAAUCAAACUGCAGUAUCUUCACUGUAGAUUAUGGAGCUUAGAACAAAAUUGUGGAGUGCAACUACCAGAAACAUCGGAGCCAGAAUAUUUAAAAGAAGAAAUAGUUGGCGAUGUUGUCAACGAACUUGCAAGAUUUGAGGAUGUCAUCAACCAGGCAUAUAUUGAAAACGAAGCUUGUAUACUAGUAAAUUAUUUAUUCCGACUAUCAAAUAUGGUCAAUCGUAUGUUCAAUGAGCUGAGAGUUAAAAAUGUUGAUCAUGAUGUCGCUUCACAAAGGCUACUCGUGUUUAAUUCUGCAAGAUUUGUUAUUAAAACAGCGUUGGAAAUUCUAGGUGUAAAACCUCUACUUCAAAUGUAA